AUGCAACUAGACUGUGUUGCAUUCAAGCCCAACAGCACCAACAUUGUCGUCCAAAAUUUAGAAUGCAUUGGCAGCCACGGCACCAGUGUCGGUUCGCUUGGUCAGCAUGCCAAUAUGGCCGAUAUCGUCGAGAAUCUUUACAUCUACAACAUCAGUAUGACCAAGGCGAGCGACGGUGCAAGGAUCAAGGUCUGGCCUGGUGUCCAAACUACCUUCCAGACCCAGCUCAACAGCGGUGGUGGCCUUGGAAGAAAUGCGAUCACUAUCUCGCAGUGCUAUGGAUCCAAAAACCAAACGGUUUGCCAGCAGCAUCCCGCCAACCUGACCAUCGAGGACAUCACAAUUAAGAACAUGGACGGCUACACCUCAGCCAAGAACGACCCCAAAGCCGGUUCACUAGUCUGCAGUGCACCAGAUAGAUGCCACAACAUCCGGGCUGAGAACAUCACUGUCCAGGUUCCUAGCGGCAAGACUCCGUAG